AUGGCACCCAAGACCACGCUGUCCGCGCGCGAUGUCGAGGUUCUCGCAGCCGCCUUCCAAUGUCUGAAGACUCCCCCUGAGAUCGACUUUGACAAGCUCGCCGAAAGAGCUGGCUACAAGAACGGUCAAUCUGCUCGUGCAUGCUUCCAGGACAUCAAAAAGAAGCUGCGUGCUUCUGGCAACGAUGCCGAUGGUGACGGUGCCACCAAGAAACCCACGGCCGCCAAAUCCAGAAAGCGCAAACAGCUCGCUUCACCUGCCGACUCUUCUCCCAUGAGCCUCGCCGGCUCCUCUCCUCCCAUCAACUCCGACGACGAAACCAAUGCACCUGCAAAGAAAAAGUCCAAGGCCAGAGGCACCAAGUCCAAGAAGGCCAUCGCCACAACCCCAGAAACCGAAGAAGACAUCUGCAAUGCUAAGGCCAUUGCUGCUGGAAGAGCCAGAUACACUGCCGAUAAACUGGCUGCCGAGAUCAAGAAGGAGGCGAAUGAUGAUGAUGAUGAUGGAGCUUGGGUUGACGAAGCUGAGCCUUUGGGGAUGAACAUUGAUGAAGGAGAGGAUGAGGGAUUGACUGCGUAUCAGUUGGUCAAGAACGAGGUCCUUGGCGACGGCGUUGAGGUUUAA